AUGGCUUCGGACGAAAACGACCCCCGCCGCAACCGCAGCCGCGAUCGCGACCAGUUCGACGAGCACAACCCGUUCAUCGCGUUCCGCCGCUUCGCCGACUCGCACGUGUCGUCGCUUCUGAACACCGUCUUCACGCUGCCCGCCACCAUCGCCAACUACAAAAACGUCCACGUUGCGCGCGAGCACUGCCUCUUCGGCCGCGCAGACUCGGCAAAGUGCGAGCAGCUGCACGAGCUGGAGGAAGAGACGGCCCGGGUGAUUGCCGAGUGCCGCGAGCUGUAUCGUGCCGGCAACGUAGAGCAGGCACUCGACAGGGGCGAGGCUCUGCUGCAACUCAACCAUGCUGCCGACGAGCUCCGCAAGCAGAUCGUGGAAGGCGGCCAGGGAAGCAGCCCUGCAGAGAGGCGCGCAGGCCUCAUCCCCGAAGCACGCGACGGCAACAGCAGGACGGAGCUGGUAGAACGCGUGGCCAAUGAAAAGGGACAGCAGUGGGGCUGGUCAUGGGACUGGGGCUUCCCUAAGCCAUUCGAUGCGGAUGAGGACAUCGCAGACAGGCGCGAUCGAUGUCGACGAUGGCGCCGCCGACGGGAAGAGUCCAUGCUCACGAACACACAAGCAGCCGAGCAACGUGAUGCAGCGGAGGACCGCUCAAUGUUCCCCGACCAACAGAGCUGGGUGGAACAGCAGCGUUUCCUGCAUCAGCUGGACGAGGCACUUCUGCCUAUAUUCCAGGAACUGUUCCGUCGCGAGAGUUCCGAGACUGCGGACGUGUAUGAUAUGGCUGGAAACUCGAAUGUUGCUGCAGAGCUGGUACGUGUUGGUGUACCCAGGGAUGCCUUCGAGGACCUCCUUCGCUCUCAGAACGGCUAUCCUUUGAUGCCUCAAGAGAAGCUGGGCCAGUCUGACCACUUGCUGCACGAGAACUGGUGCCGUCGUUUCUUCGACCGUACCGAUCGGGGAUUCGUGGGUCGACCAUCCAGACCCGAGUAUCCCAAGCGAGUCCCAUGGGAGGGCGAGGAAACAGCCGAGGAACCUAAUUACGAGUACGCUCAUGAUCACGAAGAUCAACACGAUGAGCCUCCAAGCCCCAAGACCAAGCAAGGUGGCUGGUCUAGCGGUAUGCCGGAGACGGAAAUGGAAGCUUACGAGCGCUUGCUUGGCCCUACGCCUGCCUUCGGAUCGGACGCCCAAACAGAGGGUCGCCCCUCUGUACUUUCGACCCUCACCACUACGGAGCGCACGGUCCACCCAGAUGGUACCGUCACAACCAAGGUCGUGCUCAAGAAGCGCUUCAACGAUGGCCGAGAGGAAAGUUCCGAGACUGUCCACACAGAGCGGGGACAAGACUCCGCGGGGGAACCAAGUGAUUCUCCAUCGAGCGUGUGGGAAGCUGCUGCUCAACACAAACCACAGGAGCAAGCCCGCAAGGACAACGAUAAGAAGACUGGCUGGUUCUGGUCGAGUUGA